AUGGAGCAUAAAACCUUAAUGGAUGUUUUUGAAUAUUGGUCUUCAAAAUUACUUGGUAUGAUAGACGGAUUGUGUGUUAAUGAAGUUACAGAAGAAAUUGCAAUGGAUAAGUUUGAAAUUAAUUUGAAUAUGGAGUUAAAUGUGUCAAGCAAUGAGAAGCGUAUGGAGAAAGAUGGAUUGCUUGUACAGGAUGCACCUCUGAAGGAUAUGAAAAUUUUUAAUGAUCGUCGAUUUGUAGCGUCUUUUAGUGUGGUGAAUGCUACUAAACGGGAUGCUGGCAAUUACCGCUGUAUGAUUCGCACAGAAGGAGGAGUUGGAGUAUCAAAUUAUGCAGAACUAAUCAUUAAAGAGCCUCCUGUUCCCAUUGCACCUCCUCAACUGUCGUCAGUUGGUGCAACCUAUUUAUGGAUCCAGUUGAAUGCCAACUCUAUCAAUGGAGAUGGACCUAUAAUUGUGAGACAAAUAGAAUAUCGCACCUCAAGCGGAAGUUGGUACGAUAUACAACCAGUGGAUUCGACAAAGUAUAAAAUUGGACACCUGGAUCCUGACACAGAAUAUGAAAUUAGUGUGUUGCUCACUAGACCAGGUGAAGGGGGUACUGGAUCUCCUGGACCAGCACUUAAAACAAGAACAAAAUGUGCCGAUCCUGUGCAUGGUCCAAGAAAGCUUGAAGUUGUAGAUAUCAAAUCCUGGCAAAUCACCAUCACCUGGGAGCCAUUUGGGUACAAUGUAACUCGUUGCCAUAGAUACAACCUCACAGUCCAUUACCGUUACCAAGCUGGUGGACAGGAGCAAGUUAGAGAAGAAGUGAGCUGGGAUACUGACAGUUCACACCCUCAGCACACCAUUACUAAUCUGUCCCCCUACACUAAUAUCAGUGUCAAACUUGUUCUUAUGAAUCCUGAGGGACGAAAAGAAAGCCAAGAAAUUGUGGUACAAACUGAUGAAGAUGUUCCAAGUGCUGUUCCACUUGAGUCUAUCCAGGGAAAUGCUUUUGAGGAGAAGAUUUUUCUUCAGUGGAAGGAACCAGUACAAACCUAUGGAGUGAUCACUUUAUAUGAAGUCACAUACAAGGCUGUCAGCUCCUUUGACCCAGAAAUAGAUUUAUCAAACCAAAGUGGACGGGUUCUAAAGCACGGGAAUGAGACACAUUACCUGUUUUUUGGACUGUAUCCUGGAACUACUUAUUCUUUCACUAUACGAGCCAGUACAGCCAAAGGGUUUGGACCACCUGUAAUAAGUCAAUUCACCACAAAGAUAUCAGCACCUUCUAUGCCACCCUAUGAACUGGAAAUACCUUUAAAUCAAACGGACAGUACUGUGACAGUUCUGCUGAAGCCUGCACAAAGCAGAGGUGCACCAGUCAGAAGUCAUAACUGGAGAUAAAUCUUGGUGCUGCACCUACGACCCCGAAACGAAACAGCAAUCCAGCCAAUGGAAAACUG